AUGACCAAGACCAAAGCGCGCUACGACUUCAAGACGCGCCCGGUCGCGCACCCUGAUGCCAUUGUCGCUGGCGACAAGUACCGCUUCACCAUCCUCACCGAUGGUCUGCUCCGCUUCGAGUGGGCAGACGACGGCCGCUUCGAAGACCGCGCCAGCACCUUUGCCAUCAACCGCAGACUAGCCGUGCCCGACUUUUAUGUCUGGGACAGGGGCCACGGAAUCGAAAUCGUCACAAAGCGCUUCCAUGUCGUCUACGACAAGAACAAGUUCAGCGCCGAGGGCCUCAAGAUACACCUCAAGGGCUCUGUGACGGGCACCUGGACAUAUGGCCAGCAGCUCUCCAACUUGGGUGGCACCACGCGCACACUGGAUGGCGUCAAUGGCCGCGCAAGGCUGGGUCCGGGCGUGCUGUCUAGGGAGGGCAUGGCACUCUUGGAUGACACCAAGUCGAUGCUCUUCGAGGACAAUGGCUGGAUCGCAGGCCGCAGGAGUGGCGAUAGGACCGACCAGUACAUCUUCAUGUACGGCCACGACUAUCGUGAGGCUAUGCGCGCAUACUAUGCUGUCUCUGGUAGUCAGCCCCUGCUACCACGGUACGCCCUGGGCAACUGGUGGAGUCGAUACCAUGCAUACACGGCCAAGGAGUACCUCGAUCUGCACGAUCAUUUUGACAAAGAUGACGUGCCCAUGAACGUGGCCGUCGUCGACAUGGACUGGCAUCUGGUGUGGGAUAUUCCAGGUGGUUACAAUGGCUGGACCGGAUACACGUGGAACAAGAAGCUCUUCCCUGACCCAGAUGCCUUUAUGAAGAACCUCCAUGACCGUGGCAUGAAACUGACGCUCAACUUGCAUCCUGCAGACGGCAUCAGGCCGUUUGAAGCGCAAUACGAAAGAGUUGCAAAGUACCUUGGAAUCGACCCGGCGUCGAGGCAGACGAUUCAGUUCGAUUGUACGGAUAAGAAGUUUAUGGAUGCCUACUUUGAUGUAGUGCACCACGAGCAUGAAGAGCGAGGUGUUGACUUUUGGUGGGUGGAUUGGCAGCAGGGUAAUACGUCCAAGAUUCCUGGCGUCGACCCGCUGUGGGUGCUCAACCACUUUCAUUUCCUCGACAGCGGCCGCGGCUCCCAGCGUCCCUUGAUUCUUUCUCGUUUCGGCGGUCCAGGUGCUCAGCGCUACCAGGUCGGUUUCUCAGGCGAUGCAAUCAUUACUUGGGAAAGCUUGCACUUCCAGCCCGAGUUUACGGCUACUGCAUCCAACAUUGGAUACGGAUGGUGGAGCAAUGAUAUCGGCGGACACACACAUGGCUACAAGAACGAUGAGCUGUACACGCGCUGGGUACAGCUUGGUUGCUGGUCGCCCAUUCUGCGCCUGCACUGCGACAACAACCCUUUUAACACUCGCGAGCCCUGGCGUUACAACGCCGAAGCCUGUGGCAUUGUCGAGGAUACACUGCGAUUCCGCCACCGCCUCAUCCCAUAUCUGUACACAAUGAACGCCCGAAGCGCCAGCGAUGAUGAGCCCCUUGUACAACCCAUGUACUGGGACUACCCCGAAAACGAAGAAGCCUACAACGUGCCCAACCAGUUCCGCUUCGGCACUGAACUCAUUGUGGCACCCAUCACCCAGCCCCGCGACAAGAUCACACAUCUGGGCGCCGCGAAAAUCUGGCUUCCAGAAGGCCGUUUUGUAGACAUCUUCACAGGCGUCAUCUACAACCGCGCCGGCGAACUAACCAUCCAACGCCCCCUAAAUCUCGUCCCCGUCCUCGCAAAAGAAGGUUCCAUCAUCCCCCUCGACGCCGCCGCCCGCCCCAAAACCGGGUCGCCCAACCCAGAGGCUCUCGAGAUCCUCGUCGUCGUCGGCGCAGAUGGCUCCUUCACCCUCGCCGAAGACGAUGGAAAAGGCCACCUCGUCGACGACGGCGGCUUCUCCAUGAUCUCCGCCUCGGACCUCGACUCCUCCGCCGACGACGACGACACCGUCCGCUUUGCCCACACCCCAAUAACCUACAAGCACGCCACCGGCGUCCUCACCAUCGGCCCUACAUCCCCCCCUUCCAACACCGCAAUCCCCAAGUCGCGCUCUUGGAAAAUCAGACUCCUAGCCCACCACCUAACCACCGACGCAACAAUCCGCUGCAUCACCACCGCCCCUUCAACCCGCAAAUCCGCAAAACAACUCGCCCACUCAAUCUCCCACGUCCCCAACGGCUCCCUCAUCACCCUCACCGACGCAGUGCCCACUUCGCACACCAUCCACAUUGAACUCUCCCCCGCCCCUACCUUGGAUGUCCUCGACCCUAACCCCCUGAUCUGGGAUAUCAUUGACAAGUCCUGGAUCGAGCUCGAUCGCAAGUGGGAUAUUUGGAACUGUGUGAAUAAUUCAGAGCCUGUGCUGAACAAGGUGCGGGCGCUGCAGGGGAGGGGGCUGCCCAGGGAGUUGCUGGAUGCGGUGCUCGAGUUGUUGCUUGCGGAUGAGAGGUAUGCUGGUCAAGGGAAUGGCAUGGAGGAUGUGGAUUAA